CCCCCCCAUCACCAAUAUCUAUCUAUCUUUCUAUCUUAAAUGUCAGUGACAGUACCAUGGCUACAGAUAUUGGCCUUCUUUCCAAUAUGACUCAGAUCCAAAAAUCUUCACAAUCACAAUCUCAACAACAUCAACCAAACCCUAACUCCAACACAACCAUAGCCUCACAAUCACCAUCAACUUGGAUGUGGAACCCUAAACAUCACCAACACCAACAAAAUGAUGAAGAAGAAGAUGAAGAUUCAUGGGAGGUAAGAGCUUUUGCUGAAGAUACAAGGAACAUCAUGAACACAACAUGGCCACCAAGAUCUUACUCUUGUACUUUUUGUAGAAGAGAGUUCAGGUCAGCACAGGCUCUCGGCGGUCACAUGAAUGUUCACCGCAGAGACCGUGCUCGCCUGCAUCAAAAUCAACCACCAUUAAAUUCCUCUCAUCAUCAUCCUUCGUAUAUCCCUCCUCAAGAACUUGUUGCAAAUGCUGGAUUGUGCUUUCUUUACCAUUUACCAAACCCUAAUAGUAAUAAUGUUAUUGCUUCUUCUUUCAAUGGUUCUAAUGGAGAAUCUCCUUCAACUCUUCUUUCUAUUUCAUCAUCAACAUCUUAUCCACCAAAUAAUUUGAUGAUGCAAAUGCAAAUGCAAACUUGUUCUCCUCCUCCAUCUUUUAAUUUUCAGGCUAAUUCAGCUAGGAAUAUGAUCAAUCAUAGCAUUUCUUCUUUUUCUAGCAAAGUGGAUCAACAAACUGCUAUUUGCACCUCCAUAGAUGAUAAUAAUGGUCAUGGAAUUGAAGAGCUUGAUCUUGAGCUUCGAUUGGGAAACAAGCCAUGAAAAAGCUAAAGCUAGCUACAUAGCAUAGAUAUAGAUGGAUAUUUAUAUUUGAUGCUUUGAACCAUAUAUAUGGUGGUUAAUUAAUUUUAGUGUGUAUUAUGAAAAUUAAAUUCUUAACUCCAACAAAGUACUCUUAUAUUAAUUUGUUCUUUCUUUAAUUUGAGAUUUUGUGGAAGAAAGUGUACUGUAAUUUGUUGGGGUUCUAGGGGUUUCAAUAAAUUUUAAUUAAUUUCUUUGGUUGAAUAAUUGAUUUCAUUAUAAUUAGUGUGUAUCGUGAAUAUGAAGGUGAAGAUGGAGGAGAAAUUAGUUUCUAAUUUGGGGAAGGAAUGGGAAAGGAGGAGAGGGGAGAAAUUAAGGAUAGGCACCAAAUGUAUAACUUUUCAUAGAAAAAAAAAAAAAGAAAAAUGUAAGUUGGUAUUAAUUAUUUUUUUUAAAGGAAAAAAGAUUAGGGUUUUGA